AUGUCUAUCAUAUUUUUUAAUGUAAAUGGAAAAGAUAUUCAAGAAUCAAAUGUUGAUCCAGAACUUACUUUGGGAUAUUAUUUGAGAAAUACAUGUGAGUCUAGAAGAUUUUUAUUUGUCUCUUUUUUUUAAACUAAAAAAUAUUUUGAGUGAAUCUUCGAGGAACAAAACUCGGUUGUGAGGAAGGUGUGUGUGGUUCGUGUACAGUAGUCCUUUCCACAUGGGACCAUUCAAAAAACCGGCCAAUUUUCAAUGCUGUCAAUGCCUGCCUUGUUCCUCUUUUUCAUUGUCAUCGAUGUUUUAUAAUAACAAUUGAAGGUGUUCCACCAGGAAAUGUUAUAAAAGAGAGAAUGGCUCGAGGCCACGCUGCUCAAUGUGGAUUUUGUUCGCCUGGUUUUGUAAUGUCAGCUUAUGCAUUACUUCGAACAGCAAAAAAUCCAACGAUUGCUCAGAUUAAUCGAGCUAUUUCAGCAAAUUUAUGUCGAUGCACUGGAUAUCGGCCAAUUUUGGAAGCAUUGCAAAGUUUUAUGAACCAAGGAUGUUGUGGUGGAAAAGUGAGUUUUUUAGCCUCUAGUUUUGAAGCGAGAAAAAAGAUUUUCAUUUUCAAAAUUUUUUAAAUCAUUUACUCAUUAUAAUAUUUCAGAUCAACGGGAAAUGCUGCAAAGAUGAGGAGUCCAGUCAAAAACUUUCGGAUUUUUCUGAUUUCCCAAAUUUCGAUCCAACUCAGGAAUUGAUCUUUCCACCGUCGCUGAUUGUUUAUCAAGAAAAACAGCAAAUCAUUCAUUUCAAAGGGAGAAAUAUUGAAUUAUAUCUUCCUCAAAAUAUUGAAGCACUUCUCCAAAUAAUAAAUCAGAAUCCAAAUUCGAAAAUAGUUUCAUCUGCAAUGAUAACUCGCCUUAUCUCAUCACAAGGGUUUCGAAAAGAUACGUGGAUAUCAAUUAAAAAUGUGGAAGAGUUCAAUAAAAUUGAAAUAAGUGAUGAUUGGAUUACUGUAGGCUCUGGAAAUUCAUUAAAAAUCUUGGUAGAUUUAUUGAUUGAAAAUAUGAACGAAGAAACUAUUCGAGUAGAAAUUGGAAGAUUUUUUGAGAAUUAUUCAUCUCCACAAGUUUUCAAUUUUGCUGUGAGUUUUUCAUGAAAUUUUUUAUAAUUUUGAAAUUAUUUUAUUUUCAGUCUUGGAUUGGUUCAAUAUUAAUGGGUGCAAAAUCUAAAUCUUCAGUCAGCGAUUUGCUGAUUCUUCUGAUGGUUCUUAAACCAGAAUUCGAGUUGAUCAGUGGAACAAAAAUAUUAUUGAAUGAUUUGCUCUAUAAUUCAAAUGAUAAAGUUGUCAAAAACAUUCGAAUCAAUAGAAACAUCCAUGGAAAUUUGAAACUUCUCAAACUUGGAGAAUCUGCCGAAAAUGAUUCUACAAUUUUCAAUUUUUCGGCACUCGAUGAUUCGAUUUUCAUUGGUUUGGGAGGGAUUCCAAAACCAUGGGAUGGUAUUCAAUUCAAAGAUAUUAUUGAGAAGGAAAGUCUUUUGAUGUUCCCCCCUGAAAUAAAAUGAGACUAGGUGGAAUCAACUACAUAUUGAUAGGUAAGAAAAAGCCCAACGGGAUUAAGGAAAUAAAAAUCUAUUUCAGGAGUUACGGUAACUCCUCAAAUUUUGAGACACAAAAGCCUAUGAUUUCAAAAAAUCGUAGUUUGGCUCAACGUUAACGAAAAUGAUCGGUCAAAAAUGCAUUUUGAUGCUAAAGUGCUCAAUUUUUUAGUUAAAUGGCGCUCGUAAUCUCAAAAAAUUUUUCAAAAUGAAAAUUUUUCAAAAAAUGACCCCUUUCUUAAAAUGUUGAAAUUUCACCUCUAAAACGCUACGAGGGAAGAACGACGUCCGACGCACCGUGUUCUACGUCAAAAAUUACGUAUAUUGACAUAUUUAAAUAUAAUACCUACCGACCUUUUAACCUGGGAAAAAAAUAAUUUCAAAAAUUUUCACACAAAAAAUCAUGUUUUCUCAGAAUAAAAUCAUAUUUUUGAAACAGUAAUCAUUAUUUCUUUGUUAUUUUUUUCUCAAAACAUAUUUUCUAAUUGUUUUUCACCUUUUUGUAUGAUUUCUGAAAAAUUAAAAAAUUUCAGAUUUUAUAUCAUCGAUUUUGGAAUCACUUCGAAAAUUAAAAAUCAAUUAUAGCUCGAUGAUAGAAGUUAAGGACUUUUUUGGAAGUUCUAACGUAUCACAUCUUUUUUUGCAACUGGGAAAAAACACUUUUAAUACUAUAUCUGUCAACGGACAAUUUUAGAGACCUUCGAAAAAAUUAUCGAUAAAAGUUUCAUUAAAUAAUUCUUGCCAUUUUUUCUCAAGAUGAUUAUUUUCAUCUGGGAAUUGGAAGUUCAGAUGUAUAAUUGGAAGUGUUUUUUCCCAGUUGCAAAAAAAGAUGUGAUACGUUAGAACUUCCAAAAAAGUCCUUAACUUCUAUCAUCGAGCUAUAAUUGAUUUUUAAUUUUCGAAGUGAUUCCAAAAUCGAUGAUAUAAAAUCUGAAAUUUUUUAAUUUUUCAGAAAUCAUACAAAAAGGUGAAAAACAAUUAGAAAAUAUGUUUUGAGAAAAAAUAACAAAGAAAUAAUGAUUACUGUUUCAAAAAUAUGAUUUUAUUCUGAGAAAACAUGAUUUUUUGUGUGAAAAUUUUUGAAAUUAUUUUUUUCCCAGGUUAAAAGGUCGGUAGGUAUUAUAUUUAAAUAUGUCAAUAUACGUAAUUUUUGACGUAGAACACGGUGCGUCGGACGUCGUUCUUCCCUCGUAGCGUUUUAGAGGUGAAAUUUCAACAUUUUAAGAAAGGGGUCAUUUUUUGAAAAAUUUUCAUUUUGAAAAAUUUUUUGAGAUUACGAGCGCCAUUUAACUAAAAAAUUGAGCACUUUAGCAUCAAAAUGCAUUUUUGACCGAUCAUUUUCGUUAACGUUGAGCCAAACUACGAUUUUUUGAAAUCAUAGGCUUUUGUGUCUCAAAAAUUUGAGGAGUUACCGUAACUCCUGAAAUAGAUUUUUAUUUCCUUAAUCCCGUUGGGCUUUUUCUUACCUAUCAAUAUGUAGUUGAUUCCACCUAGUCUCAUUUUUAUUUCAGGGGGGAACAUCAAAAGACUUUCCUUCUGAGCGAGAAUUAUUGAGAUCACCCAAGCCAUUGAAUUUUUCGAAAGCAUUGAAUUCAACACAAAUAUUUGGACCGUCGAAACUCGAAUCAGUUGGCAGACCAAUUGCAAAUGUUUAUAAUGAAAGAACUGUGUCAGGCGAUGCGAAUUUUGUAAAUGAUACUGGAAGUUUCAAAAAUGCUGUUCAUUUGGGAUUUGUUAUAUCUACAGUACCCCAUGCUAAAAUAAUUAAUAUUGAUAUUUCGGAAGCAACAAAAAUUGAAGGUGUUUAUGGAUAUUUGGAUAUUCGAGAUGUUCGCGGAGAUAAUCAACCUGGUUUGAGUUCCGAUGAUAUUCCUGAUGAUACUAAAAUAUUUGCGGAUGGAAAAGUUGAAUCUGUUGGACAAAUUAUUGGAGUUAUCGGUGCUUGUGAUGUUGUAUUAGCUCGUCGAGCAGCGAAAUUAGUGAAAAUUGAAUAUGAAAAUCUGCCAAGUAUUGUUGAUUUCAAAGAAGCUAUCAAACAAAAUUUAUUGUUAGGAAAGCCGCUGAUUUUUGGAUGUGAAGAAAGAGAAUUUGAAGCCAUUAGUUCUGAAUCAAUUUUUGAAGGAGAAAUUCAUUUGGGAGGACAGGAACAUUAUUAUUUGGAAACUCAAAGUAGUUUGGCAAUUGCUGGAGAAGCCGGGGAGAUGUGAGUUGUUCUACAGUAAUUUCAAAAAAAUUGUUCGAAUAUUUGCAGUGUUGUUCAUUGUUCUACUCAAGCCACAAGUUUCACUCAAUUAAUGAUUUCCAAAUUUCUCGAUAUCCCUGCAAAUAAAAUAAUUGUGAAAACAAAAAGACUUGGUGGAGCAUUUGGUGGAAAAGUGAGCAAUUCGGCAUGGAUUGCUUGUAUUGCAGCACUUGCUUCGAAAUAUUUCAAAUCUCCAGUUUAUGCAAAUUUAUCAAGAUCUGAAGAUAUCCAAAUAACUGGAAAACGACAUGAAGCAUUUGCGAAAUAUCGAGUUGGAAUUGAUAAAAAUGGGCGAAUUGAAUGGUGUCAUUAUAAAGUUUGGUUAAAUGGUGGAUGGUCAAUUGAUCAUACUGAAAUGGUUCUUUUUGUUAUGGGAAUUAAAAUUGAUGAUGUUUAUAAUAUGGGAAAAGUUCGAUUCGAUGGAUUUCCUGUCAAAACAAACACGUGUAGUAAUACUGCUUUUCGUGGAUAUGGAACUCCUCAAGCUAAAUUAAUCAAUGAUGGAAUAAUUAGAAGAAUUGCGUGGGAAUUGGGAAAAAGUUUGGAAGAAGUUCAAGAAAUUAAUAUGAUGAAUGAGGGUGGAAAAACAUUUUUGGGAAAUGUUUUGCAUAGUUUUAAACUUCGAGAAUGUUGGGAAAAUUGUAAAGAAUUGGCUGAUUUUGAAAAUCGUCAGGAAUAUAUUGAAGUUUUCAACAAAGAACAUCGAAAUUUGAAAAGAGGAAUUGCUUUGUCAGGUGUGAAGUUUGGAUUACCACAUCCUGGAUCAACGGCGCAUGUGAGUUUAGAAUUUUGAAUAAAAUUCUCUUCUUAAUUCGAAAUUUCAGGGUAUCGCAUCAAUUUUGAUAAAUCUUGAUGGAUCAAUUCAAUUAACAAUUGGUGGAACUGAAAUGGGACAAGGUCUCAACACGAAAAUGUUGCAAAUCGCCAGCGAAAAAUUGAAUAGACCAAUUGAAACAAUAACAAUAAUUGAUACAAGCACCGAUAAAAUAACAAAUGCUCCUGAAACUGGAGGAAGUCAAAAUACGGAUACAAAUGGAUUGGCUGUGAUUGCUUGUUGUGAUAGAAUAUUGAAAAGUGGUUUGGAAAAAAUAUUGGAGAAAAAUAAUGGAGAUUGGAUGAAAAGUGUUAAAGAAGCGUUCAAUAGUUUUGUGCCACUUCAAUGUACAGAAUAUGGAAUGUAGGUUUAUUUUAAUUGAAAAACUAUGAUUUUCGAAAUAUUUAAGUGUAAAUCGAGAACAAUUCGGUGUUUCGGAAAACGACAAUCCAUAUUUUACAACUGGUGCUUGUUGUGUUGAAGUUGAAGUUGAUAUUCUGACGGGGUUCAACAGAUUAAUUCGAGUUGAUAUUGUUAUGGAUGUUGGGGAAAGUAUCAAUCCUGCAAUUGAUAUUGGACAGAUUGAAGGAGCUUUUAUGCAAGCAUAUGGUUAUGUUACUUGUGAGAAAUUGACUUUUGAUAAAUCAACUGGAAAAUUGGAACAAGCACAAGCUGGAAAAUAUAAAAUACCAAGAUCGACAAUGAUUCCGAAAGAUUUUCGAGUUAAAUUAUUGGGAACAAAUAAAGCGAAUAAUGCGCAGGUUUAUUCAUCAAAAGUGAGUUUUCUUAUUUUUUAGAAUCGGAAAAAUUUAUACACAAAAUCUGGUGAAAAUUGUGCCGAAUGCACGAAUCUAGCAGUUUUAGCAAAAAAUCGAAUUUCAUUAAAAAAUUGAAGUUUUCAGCUAGAAAAUCAUUUUUUGAUCGAUUAUUUUCGUGAACUUUGA